AUUAGCGGAGGCGAAUGAGUUUCAAUUUUACUGGAUUACAGAACAAAGAGAGGGGAAAGGGGACACACUCCAGUGUUAAGGAAAGAGAAAGAAACGAGGAAAAUAUACAAAUAAUCUCGGCAAUAACCUUUUGCAAGCGAUAUUGAACGCGGGAAACCCUGAGAUAGAUUGGGUUUUGCCCCACCUAUACAAAACCUGAGCUGAAAACGGUCAUUCUGGUGUUUUGUAGAACCAUGGCCCAGAUGAGGAAGUCAGGAGGGGAUGGGAUCAGGUCCAACUCUCGGACAGAGCUACGGGUCCCGCAGGUGUCUGCCAGGCAGGAGAUCCUAACCAGUCUGGUUUCUGCCCUGGACUCUGUGUGCACAGCCAUGUCAAAGCUCAAUGCUGAGGUAGCGUGUGUUACUGUGCACGAGGACAGCGUUAUCGCCGUGGGAACUGAGAAGGGAAGGGUCUUCCUUAAUUCGCGGCGGGAAAUACAAACAGAUUUCCAUAAGUUUUGCCGGGUGCCAUGUCUACAAACACUGACCUCAGUCAAUUCCCAUGCCAAAGUCCAGGAGGGUGAAAGCAGCAAGAUUGCCAAGGAGGCCAGCCAUGGGAAGCAGAGAGCCUCUACAGACACCCACUCCAACAUCUUCGUCCUGAGAAAGAUGGUGGAGGAAGUCUUUAGUGUGCUUUACAGUGAGGCUGUAGGGAAGAGCAGCCUGGUUCCUGUGCCUUAUGACUGGAUCCUGAAGGAGCCCAGCCCUGUAAUCAUCCACGGCCUGCCUGAGGGGAUCGCCCUGAGGAAACCGUCUGAGUAUGACACUAAGACCUUAAUGAAGAUUCUGGAACAGAGCAACCGCAUCCAUUUCACCAUCAAAAGAUCAAUGGAGGACCCCUCCCGUGAGUCCAAGUUAAAUGCUGACGUAAACCUCAACCCCUCCUCUGGCGCCAAGAGCCUACCCAACCAUGUCCACGCCAAGGCCGCCACCGUCUCCUCCGCCCAAGAAGUGACAUCAUCGGCCUCCAGCAGCUCCAUGCUGUCCAGCUUCCUGUAUGGGAUGCCCAUGUCUUCCCAGCCGCAUCCAGAUGGGAAACUGGACCUCAAGCCCAUGUCUCUCCUCAACCUGGGAAAAGACCGCCUGGGGGCCUGGGUGGCGGGGGCUGAGAAAGCAGCAUCCUUCAAGGACGGCGCUGACAACAAUGAGAGGAUAGGACUGGCAGGGGAGUUGGGCCAGAGCCCCCCCAGUAUCCAUGUCUCCAAGAGGCUCCUGUUCUCCAUUGUGCACGAGAAAUCAGAAAAAUGGGACUCCUUCAUCCGAGAGACAGAGGAUAUCAACACACUGAGAGAAUGUGUCCAGAUUCUGUUUAACAGUCGUUACGCUGAGGCCCUGGGCUUGGACCACAUGGUCCCAGUGCCCUACCGUAAGAUCGCCUGCGAUCCCGAGGCAGUGGAGAUCAUUGGGAUCCCUGACCUGAUCCCAUUCAAGAGGCCCUGUACUUACGGUGUUCCCAAACUCAAACGGAUCCUGGAGGAGCGUCAUGGAGUCCGCUUUGUUGUCAAAAGAAUGUUUGAUGAAAGGAUUUUCACAGCUGCUGGUAAAGUGGCCAAGGAGGAGGGCAAGCAUGAUAUGGGCUCCGCCUGUGAGGACGGUUUCCUUGACAACCUUCGAGUCCUGCCCACUUCUCUGGAGCUGGUUAGCAAUCCUCAUAGCAGCAGAUCCACAAGUGCUUGUGUUAGCCCCUUGGCUGAUUGUGAAGCUGGCCCCUCUGGAGAUUGUAUUCCUUUGAAAAAGAUUAAAACGGAGCCUCCAGAUGGGGAAAUCAUUCAGGUGACAGUACCAGAUGCCAAUGUGUCUGCAGAGGAGCCUAGCGACUCUCUGGCUGACCCAACUGCAGCUACUGCCCCACCCUCUACUCCUCGUCGCCCCCCUGAGCCUCAUGCAGCUGAAGCGCUGUCACCAAAAUCUGCCUCCCAAGGCGCCCCAAAAUCUUCUGAAGGAAGCCUCACUGAAGAUAUAGGCGAAAUGAUUCUGCAGCUUCGGAGGCAGGUUGACAGCCUGUUCAGCACCAAGUAUGCUGAAGCACUUGGCCUACCAGAGCCAGCGAAGGUGCCCUACUCCAAGUUCCAGAUGUACCCAGAUGACCUGAUAGUCACCGGGCUACCCGAAGGUAUUUCUCUCCGAAGGCCCAACUGCUUUGGUGCAGCGAAACUACGCAAGAUCCUGGCUAUCAGCAGUCAAAUUCAGUUUGUUAUUAAAAGGCCAGAGCUGUUGACUGACCAAGUGAAGCAAGAGAUGCCUCCUGUACCAGACUGCAAUUCAGACCUUGACUCCAAAGACAUUUUAGCAGAAGAUGCUGCUGCAUCAAAGAGACCUGGAUUCUCAGACUGCCUGGAUGCCAAGCUCUCCAGGAUCGACCUGGCCAACACCCUAAGAGAGCAGGUCCAGGAUCUCUUCAACAGGAAGUAUGGCGAGGCGCUGGGCAUCAAGUAUCCUGUCCAGGUGCCUUACAAGAGGAUCAAGAGCAACCCAGGCUCAGUCAUCAUUGAGGGCUUACCUCCUGGAAUCCCCUUCAGGAAACCCUGUACAUUUGGCUCUCAAAACUUGGAGAGGAUUCUUGCUGUGGCAGAUAAGAUCUGCUUUACCAUUACCAGACCUUUUCAAGGACUUAUUCCGAAACCAGCUCCUCGACGAAUCACCCUGUUGAAGAAAGCCUACGCCUCUAUAAGUGAUGACGAAGACGUCAACCGCAUGGGGGAGAAAGUGAUUCUCCGCGAGCAAGUGAAAGAACUUUUCAACAAGAAAUAUGGUGAUGCCCUGGGGCUAGACAGGUCGGUGGUCGUCCCAUACAAGCUGAUCCGUGCCAGUCCAGAUUCUAUUGAAGUCAGUGGCCUUCCGGAUGAUAUCCCCUUCCGAAAUCCCAACACCUAUGACAUUGUCCGCUUGGAGAAAAUCCUUCAAGCCAGGGAUGAAAUCACUAUCAACGUUAAAAGCCAGCUACAGCCUUUUGCAGAAAUAUGCACCCAAACUUGUAACACAGAAGGGAAAGAUGUCUCAACCAAUCGAAGGAAACGCAAGAGAGUCCUUGAGAGCAGCCGAAGCUCCCUGCCCUCUGAAUCAGGGGUGUCGUCCAAUCAGAUUCCUGUAAUGCAGUGGCCCAUGUACAUGGUGGACUACAGCGGAGUGAAUGUGCAAGUUCCUGGGAAAGUGAAAUACUAAUGGAAGAAAGAGAGAAACCUGAUACUGCUAAAUGGAGGGGCUGAAAGGAGAUGAGUUUAUUAGACAAUGGUUAUAAUCAUAUCUUCAAGUUGCAGCUUUUGCCUGAGUGCUGUUGCUAAAACUCUACUGACUGAACAUAUAAGCCUGCCGGUUUGGAUACUUUGAAUGGUGAAUUGAGUGAGAAGGAACACUAGAAUAAGUCUGUAGAUCCUUUGUUGCAGGGUGAUAAGUGCUUUGAUUGUUAUGUGUCUCAUAUGUCUUUGUCACUCGCCCAAACAGUGUUUAAUGCAAUUCUUUGAAUGGUAGCCUGCAAAACAAGGCUAAGAUAACUCAUCUUGGUCUUAUUAGUUCACUAAGCUUAUGGAAUUUAAAAGUUCUUCAAAUAAUGUAUUUCAACUUUAUUUAUCCUUAAAAAGGAAAUUAGUGUGCAGCAGGGGUCAGAAACAGACACAGAACUAAACCGCCAAAUGCCAACAAUUUGCCCUUACAUUGCCUGUGUUCACCUUUUGAAGUGACAUUAUGGGGUCCGAUAAAUAGAGUUUGGUUAUGGUGUUUGCUACACAAAAGCAGCAUGGUUCCACAAUAUAAAAAAUUGUAUGAUUAUUUAUUUUAUUUAUUUAAGAAAAAUAAUAUUAUCAAGUGCAGGGAUGUAAACUACAUGGUUCAGGAAUACACAAGGUCUGAACCACAUUUCAAACACUAAUUACUACUGGUUGUAACUCGAGAAGUAUAUGAAUGGAUUUAAGUUUGCCUUCAGUUGUGCAUACUGUUAUUCUCAAUGGUGGGAGUAGCCCAAGGUGAGAACACCAUUGUCAUUUUGUACAACCCUUCAUGCGUUUGUUUGUAUCACAUUAACGCAAAGUAAACUGUCUCAAACUGAAUGUAAGUGUGUAAAAGAAAGAAUAUGUGUUCUUCUGUAACAACUGUUUCUGGAUUUACCAGUAUUUAUAUGCUGUACCUUAAUGCCAUUUAGGCCUUUGAAAUAAAAUGUGUUGCCUUGCACUUUUA